AUGUGGCUCGACUUGGCGACUAUUCUCAAGGACGCAGGACUUACACCAUGGAAAAGUGAUGACAUAGGAUCUCAGCGCACACCCGACGGAAGCGAUGUUUUUCCCAACGGAUACGUUUACACGACUACUGCCCGUCAAGAGGGAAGCGGACCAGGGAAGGUCGCGCACCUUCGCCUCUUUUGUAUCAGAAACAGCUCCAGUCAUGUCGUCCGCACAAGUGACGGACAGGAUGCCGUACUACGAGUAGUGGCCAUCCACGACGAGGGUCGUGAACAGUUGCGCAUUUGGCGCAAGCUGGCAACUGCGCCACAUGCUCUAAUGAGCGAAAAUCACACUCUUCCCUUACUCCAAGAGAUCAAUUUGGAACAUGUGACUUUUGCCGUGUUUCCCUACGUUGCCCAAUCUAUGGAGAGGAUAUAUGGGGGCUGGGCGAAAAACUCCGUCGGGGACAUACUCAACGCAGUCAUGCAAGCACUUGAGGGCCUGUCGUAUAUUCAUUCGCUUGGUAUUGCGCACAGGGAUGCCUUCAAGUAUAACUUCCUCAUGCAGUUCUAUCCCGAGUCCCUGCUCACGCGCGUGGUCCCUGUUUCCCGACCCCGCGUCUACCUCAUCGACUUCGAGUCCGCGAUCGAGUUUUCUGCAGACUGUCCUCCGUCGGACCGCGUAUGCGUCGGACCCCCGUGCAUCAACUCUCUUUCAGACGUCGACAAGUACACGGCCCCGCGCAUCCCUGAGAUGGAUACCGGAGAGCCCUAUGAUCCGUUCAAACUUGACGUUUGGCAGCUUGCGACCUCAUUAUCGACUUUCGAUUCUACCUUGCCAGCGGUGGAAGAGGUGCUGGAUUACAUGGCGUCCGACGAUCCCGCAGACCGUCUGACUGCACACGAUGCGCUGACUCGACUGCGUGCAUGUCUCGAGGAUAUGCUGCCCAAGUCACUUUUGAUUCCGCCUGUCGUACAUUACGGCCCUGGCUUUCCGAGCAGCGCUGAACUCAGAGAGAUGUGCGUGACUAGGGCCAGAAGCCCAGUCGUCCAACCCCAGACCGAGACGUAG